AUGAAAGUUCGUCUCCCAGAAGAAGACCAUAUAAUCGAGUUAGUUUCAAAUAAAAUCACUCCAUCCAUAAAUUUCUCCACUCAGAUUUCACAAAUUUCUAAAAAACUCACUUAACCAAGAUCGAAUCUCACAGACAAAUCAGGUUCGUCCAUUGAAAUCCAAAAGGAUAUGGAAAUCCUCCAGGAUUCUAAGAUAUAAGUCUCUCAAAAAUAGCAUUGUCAUACAUAAAAUUAUUAGUUAAAAUUGGAGACAAAAUCUAAAGAAAUCCAAACUGAGCUUGGUGAUUUUAAAAAGAAUGAUUCCAUCGAAAGAGUGCAAGAAGCUAAGGUAAUAAAAUGCAUCCAAUACCCAUCCUUUUAUUCCAUCUACGGCAAAGGCAAAAAGGCAACCUCCAGAGAUCAGCACUCCCUCUAAAAAGUCUAUUCCAACAUCUUGGACGAAUCAGGGUCACCCAAACACUCAAAGCCCUUGGAUUGGUCAAAAAUCAAAGUUCCAUUGAGUAGCAAUGAAUGUUUAAAAGAGUAUGGAGGCUACCUAACACAAUUCGAAAAACAAGAAAUCCAAUCGUAUAAGGAUAUUUACUGUAUCGGAUAUUAAGCAAAAAAAUAAAACAAUUAGAUGACGUCGUUCAAUGAAGGAUUUGAUAAUGAAAAAGGAGAAUAUCAAAUUAAUAUAAGCGAUCAUAUUGCAUAUCGAUUCGAAGUGUUGGAAGUAAUUGGGAAGGGGAGUUUUGGUUAAGCGCUUAAAGUAUUUGAUCAUUAGAAAAAUGUUGUUUCUUGUUUGAAGAUAAUUAGAAACAAAAAAAAGUUUUAUAAUUAAUCCUUAAUAGAAAUUCAAAUCUUAACAUUCAUUAAAGAUAAGGAUCCUGAAAACCUGACAAAUAUCAUAAAGAUUAAGGACUAUUUUGUAUUUAGAAAUCAUGUGUGUUUGAAUUUUGAACUACUCUCAAUGAAUUUAUAUGACCUCAUCAAAUUAAACAACUUUUCAGGACUGCAAUUAGAAUUGAUUAGAAGAUUUGCUAUUUAAAUACUGAACUCAUUGAGUUUUCUUUACAAACACAAUAUCAUUCAUUGUGACUUGAAACCAGAAAAUAUCCUACUCAAACAUGCCAACAAGAGUGGCAUCAAAAUAAUAGACUUUGGCAGCAGCUGUUUUGAAGAUCAAAAGAUAUACACCUACAUAUAAUCCCGAUAUUACAGAGCCCCAGAGGUCAUCCUAGGAAUUCCUUACAGUAAAAGCAUUGAUAUGUGGAGUUUCGGAUGCAUUCUAGCCGAAUUGUACCUAGGAUUCCCUUUAUUCCCUGGAGAAAAUGAACAAGAAUAAAUUAGUUUCAUUCUAGAAAUGCUGGGUCCUCCAGAUCCCGAUAUGCUUCAAGGUGCUGAAAGGAGAAAAUUGUUUUUCAAAGAUUAUCCCCCUUUUAAGCCGUUAAUCUACUAAAAUAAAAGAGGGAAAGUAAGACUGCCUGGAAGCAAAAACCUCAACAACAUUCUAAGAUGCAAUGAUAAUUUGUUUGUUGACUUCUUAUCUAAAUGUUUGGUAUGGAAUCCAAAGAAAAGAAUCAAACCUAUCGAAGCGUUGAUGCAUGUAUUCAUUUUAGAAGGACUACCCAGUUAAAUUAGACAACAGCAUAUUCAAUAUAUUGAAAAUGAGUAUUAAACCUAUUUAUAGAAAAAAAAUCCUUCAUACUAGGGAGAGUAAGGAAAAUAAAUUUCAAUGAAUUUCACUUCAGAGCCAGAGAUGUAUCAUAAUCCUAAACUGAAAAGUUAAGUCUUAACUUAGAAAUUUUCAUACAUAAAACAACACUCGUAAGAAAGAGAGGCUGAGAAAGAAGUAGAAAAAGAAACUCAAAAUACAUCCAAAAGAUUGUCUUUAUCCUUUCAUUCGAAUAAACACUCCAAUUAUAAACAACCUUUUCUAUUUAAUUUACAUCCAGAAACAACUAAAAACUUAAUUAAAAAAAAGAUUAAUUGA